AUCGAUGUUUUUCCGAAAUCCCUACUAUCGAUCCCUAACUUGUAAUAUCUAGAAAAUUUCAAGUAGAAACGCGAAAAAUGUUCCAGCUGAAGUAAAAUUAAACACUGGUAAACAAAUUAUAAGAUGUCAAUUUAAUCUAUGCCAAUUCGAGCUACAAUUUACUCUUAUAUGAAAGAAAAGUUAAUUGACCUUGUGUUGAAGUGGAAAUAAGGUGCUUAAAAAUGCAGUGUCGUGCCUGUAUGCAAAUGGACUGCGUCGGGGCUGUGGAAAUGUGUUGUGCCAUAUCGGCAGAUGGGAAAACAUUGUGCGAUUACUUUAACGAUUGUACACAGCUCCAUGCAACAUCCACUGAUAAUCUUCCACAACUAUUAUGCUUAAAUUGCACACAAAUUGUGCGUUCAGCCUAUAAUUUCAAGGAAAUCGCUCGUCGCUCUGAUGAAGAACUGAGGAAAAUUUUAGUGUUUCCAAAAAGUGAGCCUGAGUUGAUUUAUGCUAACACUGAGCAACCGCAAGAUGCUGUGGAAUGGACAAAUGAUCCCUUAGCUACGAUACCACCAAGCCCUGCUGCCAUUGAAUAUUCAAUAAGCAUACCUGAACUAGAUAUACCUACGAUAGACAUAAAAUCUGAGAAAUCCGAGGAAUUAAGUGAAGAAUGGCAAGAUGGGGAAAGAGGUGAUAAUGAAGUGUUGAGAGGCAGGGUGACACAUCCUUGUAAAUUAUGUGAUUGUAUAUACACUACGCAAAAAGAGCUAAGAAGUCAUAUUUUUGACAUGCAUAAGCCGCAUAUCGUCUGCAUUAAAUGUCCAAAAGUCUUUGACUUCCCUAAUGAGUUACAACUGCACGAAUCUCUUGUUCAUGGAACUGAAUCACCAGUGCAGUGCCCCUGGUGCAAAGAGUAUCACUCAAGGGAGGUAUUUUAUAAACACUUGCGAUCUAAGCACAGCAAUUCCUAUUCUAAAUAUUUUCCGAGAAAGCGAAUACGUAACCGCGAUUCGGGUGAAAAUACCUCGUUUCGUUGUGAGCAUUGUGAACAGUAUUUCUCAUCUGUCCUCGAGUUAGCCGAUCACAUUCAGGAGCAUACAUUUGAUUGCCCAAUAUGCUCGAUGAGCUUUAAAAAACAUGGCACUUUCAGGGCACAUGUAAAACGAAUACACAAUCAUUCUAUAAGUAGCUUAAGAGCUUUAAUUUCUGAGGAGAAGGAAGAAAAUAAGCCCUUUCAAUGUUCCUUGUGUUCAAGACAGUUCAAUAAGAAAAGAUCUUUUCAAGAUCAUAUGAAACGUAAACAUAAUCAAAGUAUGAAAAGGCUUCCCGAAGAUGACGAAGAGGAUAAACUGUAUAACUGUCCAAUCUGUAAUAUGUGCUUCAAAAGCCAUAGUGCCGUCUAUUAUCACAAGAGGCGGAAGCACCCCGACAGCGCAACAACAACUGAAGGCGAUAUAAAUGCAAGCAGUAAUAUCGAUACUGAAAAAGUGGAAAACGAGAAUACUGAAAGCAGUGAAUUAAUUAGAUGUAAAUUUUGCAAUAAGGAAAUACCUGGUAAUCGAAUAAAAUAUCACGAAAAACGACAUAUUUAUGCUCUGAACAGGAAAAGAAAAUACCUGUGUUCAUUUUGCCCGCGAGAAUAUAAUUCUGAAACUUCGGUUAAGUUACAUGAAAAGAAGAUUCAUCUGCGCGAAAAACCAGAACCGAAGGAGUGUCCAAUAUGUCAGAAAAAAGUCGAUCCACAUUAUCUUAAACAUCAUAUUGACAAUGUUCACACUUCAGAACGUAAGUUUGUCUGUGAUGUUUGCGGCGAUUCGUUCAAAAGUUACGUUCUGCUUCACAGUCAUAAGCGAUUGCAUUUAGAGCGAAACUUUCCGUGUACGGUAUGUACUAAAAAAUUCAUACGCUCCUUUGAUCUCAAGGUACAUAUGCGUAUUCACACUGGGGAAGAACCGUACUCAUGUCAUAUAUGUGAUCGACGUUUUAAAAUCAAAGUACGACUCAACUAUCACUUGCAGCGACACGCUGGCAUCAAACGAAAAUGCAAAGAGUGCGGAAAAGAGUUUAAUCACGUCAAACAAUUGAAAAUCCAUUCUUAUAAGCACACUGGCAUGCCCUAUAGGUGCUCAGUGUGUGAUUAUGCUUGCGCACAACGUGAUGUAUUUAGGAAGCAUUUAUUGCGAAUGCACGAUAUGACAAUGACCCCGGAUGAAUAUUGUGCGAUGUUUAAGGCAAAUACUGGUCGGAAUCCCCACGUUAAAACUCUGGAGGAAUUGCAAUCGGAGGCGCAGAAUAUGGAGCAAGAGGAAUUAUCAAACUAACGUUUAAAAUUUCGGGCCUAAGUAGCAUAAUGACGAAAUUGCUGGUAGGUUAAUUACUUGAAUAAAUUCAGCUUGUUUUACCUAAUUGUAUUAUUUUAUUUUAUUUUUUUUUGCGAAACGAAUAACAAAUAAAACUAGUUUCUUAUUUGGUUGACGAAUCAAAUCGCAAAUAAAUUUUAUUCAUGAUUUGAUUCGUAAUUUAAGAUUUGAUGCAACUUUCAUUCAGAAAU